AUCAAGUGUCUACUACAGAAUCUCCGAUCAUGUAAGCGUUCACCACGCCGGAGACUGGGAACUUCCACAAAUUUGAUCCUGUGAUGCGGAUACAGGGGUAGAGGAGAGGUUUCGCCGAGUGGGAGAUCACAGCCGGUGUAGAAGAGCGUCAAUAAGAGCAAGGAGCUGAAUGUAGUGUCCGCCCACACUGGUCGCGAGCUAUGAUAUGGAGAGAGCGACCAUGUUCGGGAGGUGAGGGAUUAGGCUUUGUGGAGAUGGUGGCAGAUGAUCUAGACAUCAACCGGCGAUUUAGGGGUAUCAUAUUGGAUUUUGGGAUUGUCGAACGAGGAAUUGGAUGAGUGAAAUGACCAGUUUAUAUAGUUGGGUGUUAGUUUGACACUUGUACAACAAAAUUGUUUUGCUCCGUUAGGGAUAUGGAAGGAAAGUUGGAAGGAGAGAGCGACCAUUAUCAAUUUAUAUGGUAUUGGGUGCCCUAUUUUGACUUUAGUGGUAUCCUUCCCCCAAUUGUGAAAGUUUAGUGGCAUAUGGUGUAUUUCUCCCUUAAUAAUAACUAGGAUAAAAUUGCGCUUAGCCGCAAGCUAACCACCAUUGCAUUGUUGUGGUUGCGAGUAAAAAUUUGAUUCCUUUUAUGUUGAUGUAUUUACGAUGGUAAAUUUUUGUGAAAUUGUCAUUAUUAUUUUCUAGUAGAGAAAUGGUAGUUGUUUAUUGAUGAUUUUUUUAUUUUAUACGUGUAUAUAUAUACACACCGCACAUUUCAUGUAAAACAAAAGACAAUUUUAGCCUAUAGGUUUGAGACGUUUAUGAAACGUUCAUACUUGUUAAUUAUAAUACAUAUAAAUGUUUUACUAAUUAGGGUACGAAUAAGGCAAAGAUGGUAAUGAAGAAAGAGAGAUAGAUGUCAGUUGAAAAAUGAGACGAAGAGGAAGUAGGAAAAAUAUUUUGGUAAUUAGUAAGCUUUUCAUGUUUGGCCUCUCAUAGUAUUUUUUUAAUUGUUAAGUUUUUUGUGGAAGAACAUUAAAUUGGUGAGCCACUUAGAUCGAAGCGAUUUUGGUCUUUUCCAAUUACAAACAAUCGGCCAGUGCAUAAAUGACCUAUCCAAUCUAAGAACAAAUUCAAUAUUGUGAUUGAUUACAAUUUUAAUGAUCGAAUUCGAAUCUGAUUAAAAAAUGCAUUGUUACUAUCUUUUUAUAAUGUAUUGGUUCUUUUAUUUCUCUUUCUCCCUACUUCUUUGGAGUUUGAUCUGCUACUUAUGGGUACUAUAAAGAAUCUCAGUAUUCUCCCUUUACUUUUAUGUAAUGCCAUGUUUUUCUUUUUAUUUCUCAUCCCUUGUUUUCUUAUAAUUUUCCAUGGGGCAAGACUUGUUUCAUUUCGCCCCUCUAUUUUGCUCUGUUUGUAAUCGUGUGAAGAGAAGAGAGGAGGCUAACCAAAAUGGUUAGUGAACAGUAAAUUGUAUUUUAGUUUAUAUAUAUAGUUUGUCAACACAAGAGCACAAAAAGUAGUUGUUUCAUUGUUUGUGUGUAGAAAAAGUGUAGUCUCCUUCAAGUUUGUGACCUCAAACAUCAAGUAGAUUGGGUUGUUCGAUUUUGAGUAAAUGAUACCUUUCGUGAAACACCCUAGCUCGGCCAAUCACUAAUUUUACUAAAAUGCCAUUGAAAAAUGAAAUACUCAAAUCUUAAAUUGCAGUGGAAAUUUUUUUCAUAAAUAAAAUACUGAAAACACAGUCUUUUAGUUCAAAGCAACGACCUAACCCGUGGGCAAAUUAAAGUCAAACUUUAAAAUCUCAAUCCGAUCUCAAGUCUAUACUCAUAAUCAUAAAAUGUAAUAACUCAAUAAUGUCUAACAUUGCCGCUUACUGAAACUUUGACUAGGCAUCCACCAUGACGUUUGAACCAUCCUCCUCUAGCUGGCUUGCCUCGAACCCAUUUGUCGAUCUCGCUGCUCUCUACCUGCUCCUCUAACUAACUGCUAUCGGGCUGGUUCUCACUCGUUCCUUUACUAAGGCCUGGUGAGUGAGAUGGGGUCAGUCUACGCUCUUAUGUUUAAAAUCUCUAGUACUUGAAUACUUUACUUAAGACACUUAACUUAAACUGAUGGAAGUUGUUUGUACUUCCACUCUUAAAAAUCUUAAUUGUUAAAGUUGUAUGGGAGCUACUGUUACUCUCCAUUCUUAAAACUCAAAUCUCAACUUAAAUACUUGACUAGCACGGGGAUCCCUCACUAGGUAGUCCGAUUGCCCAACUCAUAUGUAUGAGAAGCCAUCUAGGCUUUCCUUAAACACUACAGGAAAAUGACCAUUUGAUCACGGUAUAUACCCUGUUUGAAAGUGUGUUUCCCGUGUUUAGUAGUUCUAGUCACGGGAAAGUUACCGUAAUAUAUACCUCCGUGUCUAAUUGUAAAGUUCACCGAAAAUUUGUACCGUGAUUAAUAUUAACUAAUCACGGUACAAUUUCCCAUGAUAAUUUGCACCUAUUAAUCACGGGAACUCCCAUGACCAAUAUUAAAUCUUGCCACACAAAACCAACAAAAAAACACAUUUAAAGACGGGAUGUAAAGCUUUUAACACAGUAUUUACAAUGAAAAAAUAAAUUCCCGUGACUAGUUGCCAAUUAUUGGUCACAGUAUUUCGUUGAUUCUCCCAUGUCUAGAUACUAACAAUUGGUCACUAUAUUUUGCUAUGGCUAAUAAUCAAUAACUAGUCACUAUAUUUUCCUUUGAUACAUAAAAUUUUGUUUAUUACCAUACAAUUGAAAAUACCAACUUUUAUAGCAUGAAAUUGCUAACAUUAUUGUCAAUACAGUUAGUUCAAAUCAAUGUUAACUAACAUAUAAUUGAAACUGUAGCAUAAAACUCCAACAUAGUGAAAAUUAAUUACAACCUCCUACUACCAAAUCUGAGCAUAUUCAUAAGUAAAAAAUUAUUUUCUCCAUCCUUGGCUUCAUGCAUAGACUCAUUCGCAUGAUCAAUAGCUGCAGCAAGAAAGCCAAGUUCAUUUCAACUUGUUUGACAGUAACAACCUCUUGUUCUGUCUUGUCUUUCAUUAAUUAAGUUUGGGCAAAUACCCACUCCUAUAUCUCCGUCUUCAGUAUGCAAUGCAACCUAAUCCAGAUGACAACCUACCAAGACAUGCAUCAGUUACAAUUUAGAAACUGCUAUGAGGGAAACAAUUUAAAGCUCAAGCUUAGCAGAUUCUUCAAAUGUACAUAAAUUAUUCAAUUAGAUUAACUUUUGCAUACCGUGGAAACUUUACUCGGACCUUUUCUUGCACCAAGCAGAAGGUACAUGAUAACAUCGUAUUUGCAGAUGUUUGCACCCUCGUUUCUUGAUCAUUUUGGCUUGAGUUUUUGCUUUCUUGGACUAUUUUACGCUAGGUUGUGUUCCUUUGUCACAUUUCAGGUCCUAGCAUGUAAAUUGAAGCAUAGGCACAAGUUUCAAGUCAAUCGGAGAUCAUUUGGCAAUUCGGGAGAAGAAACACGAGCAUGACCUGAGGAAUAAUGGACUUCUACCUCAUAUUAUGGACAAAUAAUCAUGUAAUUUUGUUAUGAAAAGAAAGAGGACGAGACUAUGAGCGUCUGGGAUCAAACCGCGACUGAUUCGGAGUCCGGACGAGGGAGAAACAAAGCAUAAAACAGGGGCGGAGGAAGAAUCACGGGCAGCCCCUGCCCAAUUACGACCGUAAUUGCUCCUGGCAUGCCCGUAAUUUCAAUGCCGAGCCUAAUUUCCAAAAUUCCUGUCGCAGAGUCAAUUACGGGCAAGAGUCACUUUAAUUACGGUCGUAAUUCAGUAAUUACUGGCGGUAAUUGGCAAAUUACGACCGUAAAUCCUCUCUUCCGAGUUAAGUGAAACGCGCGUUUUGGGAAAAAUACGGGCAUGGAAGAAUUACGACCGUAUUUUUGCCCGUAUUUCGCCCAGAAUCGGGUUUUUUAGGAAGAUUCGAGCCAAAGGAAAGGGAGAGCUGAGUUUUUGGAUCCCAAACACCCAAGGGAUGAACCCUAGAGAGAGAGAGCGACUUGGGAACAUUCUUGGAGCUAUUUUGGAGGAUUUCUUCGCUAUUGGAGCUCGGGAAUCAAGCUUGGAGAUGGAGAUUUAAGAUAUAGAUCAGAUUUCUGCAGUCUCUCUCUUCUCUAUGGAGUAACUUCCCUUCACUUAGGUUUUGAGGAACCCUAGUUCCAUGUGUUAGGAUCUUUCUUGUAUGAAGUUUUGGAUGCUAUAUUGUUUGAUUAUAAUCGGUUGAGGCAUGAUUUAUAGUCAAUUGAAGCCUGAUCAUCUUCUCUUGAUUUCUGCUUUAACCUAUGAUAGAUAGAAUCCGAUUAGGUUAAGAGAGCUUCCUUGAUUGAUAGUGGUGAAUUGGUUGUGCGAGAGUCAAUCAAGUCACUGCUUUGUACUGGAAUUCAUUCCAGUAGUGGAGAUCUGUGUGAAUCGCCUUAGCAGUCUAUCCCGGUGAAGACUAGUCGCCUGUCGGGUAUUCUGUCUAAGAGGGCUUGGUCAGUUUAAGAGAUUCCAAGCUAAUUUAGGAUCUUCCGCAGUUUAAUCAACAGUAGAUCAACCAAAGGUAAUUGCAACUUGGACCUAAUUGAGGAGCUAGGGGAAUCAUACCUAAGUGAGUUCCCAACUUGUAAUUAGUAGAGUAGUCAGUAGAGUAGUUUACAAAUCAAUCCUUAAUCUUGUUUGCUAGAUAAUGAACUGAAGCUGAGUAAUAGUAACUCUAGAGACCCGUGGAUUCGAUAUUUAUUACUUGUGCCACUAUACUGCAGUCCCUUUCAUUGGUUACACUUGGCCAUUGUUAGGUGUUGUGUCGUAGCGUGUCAAGUUUUUGGUGCCGUUGCCGGGGACUUUCUAGAUUAUUUGGAAAGGUAGAAGUUUGUUACUUUAGCGUUUUUUUCCACCGUUGCUUUUCACUUGGGUGUUUUUGUUUUUGUUGGUGCAGAUCUGAAUCAUGGAUCCUAAUGGCUUCUCUAACCAGUGGGGGUAUCCACCACCAUCUGAGUGGUAUUACCCCGAGACUUCCUGGAGCAAUCAAGGAGGAGAGGACUAUGGAUUCGGGUCCUAGUACCAACCCCCUUAAUACAAAGAACAAUCAGACCCCUGGGCAUAUCAAGAACAACCUACUUAUCCAGAAGAAUUCCUCCCACAACUAGUAGGGCCAUCAGAUCUGGAUUUCGCCACAGCCCUCACGGGCCAUCCAGCAGAGCCAUGCUACACUCCACAGCCAGAUCCAAAUAUCACUUGAGGCUUCUCGUGGAGCAGAUUGCUCGAGUACCUGAGAGACCUUUUCCCGAGAUGGAUCCUCUUAUCCAGGCCAUUGCCGAAACUGACUUCUCCUUCCCCCGUGAAACAGAGGAUACCCUUCGGAGCAUAAAGAAGCACAUAGAGGUCAUUGAGAAAGCUUGUUCACAGUUUUCUCAAGACAACCUUUAUGCUGCCAUACAAGUAGAGGAGGAGGAAGAAAAAGGCAAUCAUGAUGAUGAUGAGGAGCAUACAGAAGUUGUCACAGAAAGCUCCCAUGGUAAUCAUUAUCCAGUGUAUCCUCUGGGGGUAGAUCACAACUUUCACCAUUUCCGCUCUGACAUGCUGGGCCCGAGCAAGGAGAUGCAAGCUGAACUUAUUGAGAACCUUGCAUCGCGACUUGCUCUCCAAUCCGUGCUGGAAGAAGAAGAGCAAGAAAGGGUGCAGAAUGAAGUUGUGGAGGAUGACAAAAGUGAAGCAGAAGGAGUUCUUGAUCUUUUCUCAGGGGUGAUACCACAUGAAGAAGGAAGGGGGGUUGAAGAAGCAAUUGGCGUCCAGGCCGAGGAUGAAGUUGAGGUGGAAGAGGCUUGCACCGGCCAUGAGUUACAUGUGCUAUCUCCACCAAACUUCGAGGAAUUGCUUAGCAAGGACCCAUUUGCAGUGUCUCUUUGCCAGACCAAGGCCACAUCGACAUCGGUCAAUCUUGGUGGACGCAAUGGUGUCCAUUCAAUGUUGUCAUAUCUGGUUUGCAGCAAUGAGACAAGAGAAGAGAACAAGAAGUCUCGAGGGUGGAGACUUCAUCUGCAUCAAGUGCACGAGCUUCCAUCACCUGUCAUACCACAUUCUCGUGACUUGAGAUUCCACCUCAUCGACGAGAACCUCAACUUCAAAGAGGUUCUUGGGUGGACCGAAACUUAGGAGCCAUCGUCUGGCUCACGACGUGAAAAAAGCGCUUGUUGGGAGGCAACCCAACCAGUCGGUUUGCAUUUCUUUCUCUAUUUCUCCUCGGUUGAGUUAGUUUUGUUCUUUGAUUUUAGAGUCAAUAACUCAACCUUUGUGAGAUUUUGUGGGGUGUUUGUGUUCCGACUACGCUCUCCUCCUAGAAUGCACCUCCUGCCCCGUCCACCAUCAUUCACCCUUGAUCUGGUAAAUUCGUUCUACCCUCCUUAUCUUUCCUCCAUUGAGGACAAUGUCGUGCUUAAGUGUGGGGGGAUGUUCGAUUAUGUAUGCGUGUGAAUGUUUGGCUGUAUGUGUGUGCUUGGACCCUAGUCCACUGUCCAAAUCUUGAGAUUUGAGGGCUCCAAGCACUGCUGUUUGCUUGAUCAUAUUGGCACUAUGGUUUAAUUGGAGAAUCGAAUAGCUUUCGAAUUAAUGCAUGACAACUGG